UCUAAUCUUCUCUCUAAAGGAAGGAUUACAUGAUGUUGUUGAGAACUAGAAUUGAGUUUGUUUGGUUUUACACUCCAAAACUUAGCAUAAAGUUUACUCUAGAUUCAAAAUUAGUGUUGAGAUGAAUCAGCUCUAGUUAGUUUAAACAUGGGCCAAAAUGAGCAAUUGAUUUCUCAACUUUGUUUUUCUUUUAAAUUAAGUUAAAAGUCUAACUUUUCGAUUUAUAAACAUUCAAACUAGUUCGAAAAUAGGAACCCGGAAGUAUAUAGGAUUCUUACCUGCAAUAUAGUAAACCUGAUAUCGGUCAAAAUUCUUUAAAUUGGGAUGCGAACUAAGUUGGCCAAAGUUAACUUGUAUCCAACACUGAUUUUCUUUCAUUCACCAUGGUGCAUGCAGGCUCUUAUAUGAUCUGUUCAUUCAUUUUGAUAUUUAACUUACAAUAAGCUAGUAAGGAAGUGUAUUUAUUAGAAAAGGGUUAGUAAUUAUACAGUGUCAACAUACAUGAUCACACUUAUGUUCUUUUUUUUUAUGUUCAAUGCACACAUGGAUAAUCAAUUAAAACGAGGGAUUCGAUUUAAGAAGCAAAGAAUGUAUGUAGAUUAAGACAUUCAUCUUAUUGUUUAAUUUCCUUAAAUGAAAAGUCCAAGUGAACUGUGUUAUUUUGAUCUGAAAAAUCUUGGCAGUGCAUGCACUAUUUACAUCCGAUAAGUAUAUAAUAGAGAUUAUUGUACUAUUACAAAUAUUUACAACGAUAUUGUUACAAUACUUAUGCUUUCAGUUUGUUACAUCUACAAGAAAUCCCUCCUGGAUUUGCUUUCUGUGCUCAGUUAGGAGUCAAUCCACUAAGUAGGUAGUAUAUAUACAUACGAAGUAUAUUACAGCACGGAUUGAAGAUGGAAAUGAACGGGAAGACAAACGCAUGGGCACUGAAAAACGGGAGCGGGCUGGCAAUCUUGACAAUAUUGUUACUCCUAUUGUACUUCUGGCGGACAAUCCUUCCCAGCAGAGAGAUGAUCCUUCUGGAAGCAAACAAACGGCGGCGCGUGAAUCACAUCAUAGUGCUGGCCGGGCAGAGCAACAUGGCCGGCCGGGGAGGAGUGGUGCCCAAGAUGAUCGGAAACGAGAGCAUAAGAGUAUGGGACGGCACCGUCCCGCCGGAGAGUGGCCGGAAUCCGAACGUCUACCGGUUCAACGAGAAAUUCCAGUGGGAGAUAGCGGAAGAACCGAUACACGCCGGGAUUGGGUGCACAAUAACAUGCGGGGUCGGGAUCGGAAUGGCGUUCGCGAAUAAGCUGCUGGCGUUGGACCCGGGGUUCGGGACGGUCGGCCUGGUCCCCUGCGCCGCCGGCGGGACGUCGUUGAAGAACUGGACGAGCGACACGGAUUACCCUUACCGGAGUUUGCUGGGGAGGACGAGAGCGUCGCUGAAGACGGGUGGGGUGCUCAGGGCGGUGCUGUGGUACCAAGGCGAGAGUGACUGUAAGUACUAUGGUUUCGCUAAGAGUUAUAGACAGAAUAUCCGGCGGUUGAUUUCGAGGUUGCGCACUGAUUUGCAAUUGCCCAUGCUUCCCUGGUUCGAGGUAAUCAUACCGACGCCAAAGCCACCAUUUGAAGGACCAUUCAUAGAAGAUGUGAGGAAAGCUCAACAGGAACUGGACUUGCCAAAUGUGAUAAAGGUGGAUGCCGAUGGACUGCCAAUUGGGCCGGACGGGAUUCAUCUCACCACCGAGAGCUACGUCCGAUUGGGCCAUAUGCUGGCCCAUGCCGUUCUAAAGAACAAAUCAUUGUUACUAUCAUACAAUACUAACAACACGAGACUUUCAAACAACACUACUUUACGUGUUCCUACUUAAUUGUUUUGGUGUCACAUAUCCUUCCACGAGUUUUGCGGCAUACACAAUUUUUCUUUUAAUUUUUAAAUCCAAAUUUCUGUAUAUUGCCUGCUUGGAAAAUAUUUGGAAUGCU